UGGGUGGGGACUUCGGCGCGAUCCGCGCUAGGAGGGAGGGGAGAGGACAGGAGAGGAGGCGACGGGAGGCGCAGGGGUCAAGCCUCAGAGUCUGUCGGAGCCUCGGGCGUCUCAGGCCACCGGGCAGCCACUGGCGCACACGCUGCGGAACCCCUGCCACAAACUUCAAGUCGGGAGCGGGGGCGGGGGGGAGACGCUGGGCAUCAAGACGGGUGGUCGCCUGUCAGGAUGCCGCCCCCCUCCCCGGGGACCACUACAUCUACCCCAACUCUGCCGUCCCAGCCCCUGCUCCGGACACUUUACUGCUUUGGGUCCGGGAUGAAGCCCGGAGGCCCCACGACGAGUCCGGAGUUCGAGUCGGCCGACGUGGCCCUGGGUCCGCCGCGGCCCUGGGCCUGCCCGGCUGACGUGCGGCUCUGCGGCCACCUGCGGAAGCAGAAGUCCCAGCGCCGCCGCUUCUUUGUGCUCCGCGCCUACCCGCAGCGCCUCGAGUGUUACGAGAGCGAGAAGAAGUUCCGCGCCGGCCGAGCGCCGCCCAAGUUCAGCGUGAGCCUGGAGGGCGCGUGCACCAUCAGUAAGCGCGUGGACGCGCGUCAGCGACACCUGAUCGUGCUCUACACGCGCGACCGCAGCCUGGGCGUGGCGGCGGCCAGCGAGGCGGAGCAGCAGGCGUGGUACAGCGCCCUGCUCCAGGCGCGCGCCGCCGCCGCCGCCGCCGGUGAGACCAUUGUCUCUCCAGGUCCCGACUCCCACGAGGACCCCGGGGCCUGGAUCCUCGCUCCAUUUCAGGACGUCUGGCCCGUGACGCUGCGGCCCAAGGGGCUGGGGCGAGCACGAGGCCUGGGCAGCGGCAGCUAUUGCCUGUGCCUCGGUUCCGGGGUACUGAGCCUGCUGCGGAAGCCCGGGGGCAGAAGCUCCGGGGCCUCCCGGCCAUCUCCGCCGCCGGCCCUGCGCUUGUCCCUGCUCAGUGUGCGCCGCUGUGGCCAUGCCGACGCUUUCUUCUUCCUGGAGCUUGGCCGCUCGGCACCCACGGGUCCCGGGGAGCUGUGGCUACAGGCGCCCGACGCCAUCGUGGCCCAAAGCAUUCACGAGACUGUCCUGGCCGCCAUGAAGGGAAUCGGGGACAGUGGUGCCGGUGGCAGGGCUGAGCCACUGCCAAGAAAGCCCCCGACGAGCGCCUCCACACUCUCUGUCCCCCAGUCUUAUGAGACCCCAGCCGAUGCGGCCCAAUCAAGCGGCCUGUACCGUCGGGGGCGCCUGAGUGAGAGAAGGGAGCAAGCAACCCUCAAGACCCUGGCCAGGCUGGGGUCGGAGGCCUCACACCUCGAGGGGUUGGAGCGGGGCGGGGUCUCCAUAACCAAGGGUGCCAGGAGUGACUACGAGCCCAUGGGGGGCGGCCAAGCCAGUGGCUACGUGGUGAUGGCAACCCCGGGCCUUCCUGCCUCAGCCAAAGCCGCUUCCCGCCAGCCGCUCCAGGAUGGAGGGGUCACUGAAUAUGUGUCCAUGAGCCUCUGCGCACCGCGGUCCUUCUCCUCGAGCUUCUUGCCUCUUUCCUACACGCCUGGGGCCGGGGAGUCUGGACCCGGGCUCCAAAGCCCUCAUCUAGGCGUGGGAGACGAGUGGGGACCCGCAGGGGCUCAGCGUUGCUUGCAGCCGCCGUCAAAGUUAGCCAGGGAGUACGUGUGCAUUGAGUACGCGGCCGCCAACUACAUAGGAAUGGGCACUGACAUCCCGGAGCCCCCAGACGGCGACGGCAGCCUCAACUAUGUAGACCUGGACCUGGUCCCUCCCCUGGAGGUGCGAGGCGACGCCCCCGGGCCCAGGCACCGCCCACAAAGCUACGCACACAUCGAGUUCCAGAACCUCGGGCAGGCCCCGAGUUCCUGCAGCAUCGCUCCAGAGUCUCAAGUCAGCCUUGGCCCCGCACCCCGCCUCCAAUGAUGACACCACAAAGAGAGAGAUCUGCCCCUCCCCCACACACACACCUGCUGUGCUUGCCUGGUGUCGGCUGAACUCCUGGGACCCCAGAGCAAGAAGAAUGAGAGCAACAGGUGUCUUACACUAGUGCCCUUCCAAAGUGAUGACACCCCCUACCCCCUACUUUGCCUCUCCCAACACCAGCUAUGUGCUCACACAAUUCUCCUUCUCCUCAGCCUGGCAGAACUGAUGGAGUCCUUGCUUCUAACAUACUUAAUCUAGUCUAGGGGACUAUACUGUGCACCCCACCCCCAUUAAAGUUUCCCUGCUGGGUGAGCCUGGAAAAGUCUUAGGUCCAUGGAUUCCCCUGCCUGACUGCAGGGGGGAUGAGUAACAAGAAUCUGAGGGGAGAG